GGUCACGUGCCGCUGUUUGGCGCUUUUGUGCGCGCCCGGGUCUGUGGGUGCUCAGAGUGUGGCCAGGCGGCUCGGACCGAGCAGGGUUUUCCUUGCUAGUGGAUUGUGUAGAAUACACUGCCAGUCUCUUGUCUUCUGUUCACCAUGGCUUCUUCUGAUAUCCAGGUGAAGGAACUGGAGAAGCGUGCCUCAGGCCAGGCUUUUGAGCUGAUUCUCAGCCCUCGAUCAAAAGAAUCUGUCCCAGAAUUCCCCCUUUCCCCUCCAAAGAAGAAGGAUCUUUCCCUGGAGGAAAUUCAGAAGAAACUAGAAGCUGCAGAAGAAAGACGCAAGUCCCAUGAAGCUGAGGUCUUGAAGCAGCUUGCUGAGAAACGAGAGCAUGAGAAGGAAGUGCUUCAAAAAGCGAUAGAGGAGAACAACAACUUCAGUAAAAUGGCAGAAGAGAAGCUGACCCACAAAAUGGAAGCCAACAAAGAGAACCGAGAGGCGCAAAUGGCUGCCAAACUGGAGCGUUUGCGAGAGAAGGACAAGCACAUUGAAGAAGUGCGGAAGAACAAAGAAUCCAAAGAUCCUGCUGAUGAGACUGAAGCUGACUAAUUUGUUCUGAGAACUGACUUUCUCCCCCUCCCCUUCCUAAAUAUCCAAAGACUGUACUGGCCAGUGUCAUUUUAUUUUUGCCCUCCUGACAAAUAUUCUAGAAGCUGAUGUAGGACUGUAUAGGUAGAUCCAGAUUGUAUGAUGUUGUUUUAGGGGCUAAAGGGGAGAAACUAAAAGUGUUUUACUCUUUUUCUAAAGUGUUGAAGUCUUUCUAAUGUAGCUAUUUUUCUUGUUGCAUCUUUUCUACCUCAGUACACUUGGUGUGCUGGGUUAAUGGCUAGUACUGUAUUGGCUCUGUGAAAACAUGUUUGUGAAAAGAGUAUGUAGUGGCUUCUUUCAAACUGUUAGAUGCUGAAUAUCUGUUCACUUUUAAAUCCCAAUUCUGUCCCGAUCUUAACAGAUGCUACUGUACUUGAAUGGUUAAUAAAACUGCACAGUGCUGUU